UUCGCCGCCAUGGCCAUCUUCUCGCAAACAUGGACCCUCACCAAGAAGACGCUGCUUGUCGUCUUCGUCCGCCACUGGUUCUUUACCAGCGUUCGCGCAUUCUGGGCUCCGAUUAUUUUCAUGUUUUUCAUUACGUAUGCUAAGAACUUCUUCGUACCCCCGUCGGAAUUCGGCAUUGGCGCGCCCCAUGCCAUCCGAAGCUUCGAAAAUGCACUCGGCGCUGCGACCGGCAACCGCGAUACCGUCGUUUUUGUGAAUAAUGGUCAUACUGGUGGAGAUAUUGAGAAGGUCAUUGGUACACUCUCAGACACAGUCAGGGGAGCCGGGAAGAUUGCGAGGACCGUGGGGCAAGACGUCGAUCUCUUGAGCGAGUGCCAAAGUUCGCUGCGUGGCGCAAGUACUUGCUAUGGAGCCAUCAGCUUCCACUCGUCUCCUUCCGAGGGCGACGGGAAUCUAUGGAACUAUACAAUGAGGGGUGAUGGUGUGUUUGGCUCCCAGAUCUAUGUUAAUCAAGACGACAACGACGUUCAGAUCUACAUCUUCCCGUUUCAGCGCGCCGUAAACCAAGCCAUCGCCUCUUUGAACGAAACGAUCAACGCCCCGCAGACCAUCGAUGAAUACCCGUUCACGGACAAGACGCAAGAAGAAAGGGAGGACAAUAUCCGUAGGCUCUACAUGGGUGCCUUGAUCGAUAUCAUGGGUGUCGCCAUCUACAUCGGCGUUUGCGGUGUCACGUACCAGCUCACCGGUCAAAUGGCUUCGGAAAGAGAGAUGGGUAUUUCACAGCUCGUUGAAGCCAUGUCGCCCGCAAAGAAACCCUGGCACACCCAAGCCGCUCGUCUUCUGUCCAACCACAUCGCUUUCGACAUCAUCUACCUUCCAGGCUGGAUCAUCAUGGGAAUCAUUAUCCGCCAGCUCGCUUUCCUGCAUACCAACGUCGGAAUCCUCAUCAUUUUCCACAUCUUGGCCGGCCUUGCCCUCACUAGUUUCUCCAUCUUUGGUGCAGCCUUCUUUCGCAAAGCUCAGCUGUCUGGUAUUACUAUCGUCAUUCUUCCCAUCCUUCUUGCCAUCAUUGUACAGGUCGCAGGGCCUUUCAACAACGCUGCCGUAGCUGUUCUCAGCUUGAUCUUCCCUUCCAUGAACUACGUUUGGUUCAUCGUCUACGUCGCUCGUUUUGAACGCGUCUUCGAGCCCACAAACCUCGUCAACGCAGCGCCUGUCUAUGAGAAUCAUGACUGGGCCCUCCCUGGCAUCGUGUUAUGGGUCUUCUUGAUCAUUCAGACUCUCGUAUACCCUGUCCUCGGAGCGCUUGUCGAACGUUGGCUCUACGGUACCGUCUCCAAGGAUCGCAAGACCACCGUGUCUUCCCCCGAUCACUCCAUCAUUCUUUCCUCCUUCUCCAAGCAUUGGACACCAAGCUGGCUGCGAGCCAAGGUCCUUCCUAAGAUCGGCAUCAAGCCCCCAGAGACUGUCCUGGCCGUCAACGACUUCAGCAUUAAAGCCCGCAAAGGGCAGAUUAUGGUGUUGCUGGGAGCGAAUGGCAGUGGUAAAUCAACAACUCUAGAUGCCAUCUCCGGGUUGAACACCGUCACCAGUGGUUCUAUCGAAGUCGAUGGCACCGGUGGUCUUGGUCUCUGCCCCCAAAAGAACGUCAUGUGGGACGAGCUUACCGUGUUUGAGCAUGUGCAGAUCUUCAACCGCCUCAAGUCGACUGGUACUGGAACCAAAGAUGACAAGGAUACCAUUGCAGACCUCAUUCGAGCUUGCGAUUUGGGACACAAACUCAAAUCAAAGUCUUCAACAUUGUCAGGUGGUCAAAAGCGAAAGCUUCAGUUGGCAAUGAUGUUCACUGGUGGUAGCAAGGUCUGCUGUGUCGAUGAGGUCUCCUCGGGUCUUGACCCCCUAUCUCGACGUAAGAUCUGGGAGAUCCUCCUCUCUGAGCGAGGUGAUCGCACUUUCCUUCUCACCACUCACUUCUUGGAUGAAGCGGACGUGCUUGCCGACUACAUCGCCAUCCUCUCUCGUGGCAACCUCAAAACGAAGGGUACGUCAGUGCAACUCAAGCACGAAGUCGGCGCGGGUUAUCACGUCACUUACCCAAAGAAUGUGCCUUUUACGCCGACUACUGGAGUCCGCAAACCUGCCCCGUCUGAAGCUAUGACUACUCUCUGGUUCCCUGAUGCCAUUGGUGCAACCAAAUUCGUGGGCGAGCUGCGCGAACACGGUGUCAAGGAUUACGAUAUCGUCGGCCCUACCCUAGAAGAUGUUUUCCUAGCUUUGUCUGAAGAGGUCAAAGAGCACCGCCUCGACACCGACGAGGACACCUCAACUCAUGUCACGCGUAAGGAUGCGGAUGUAACCCUCGCACCUACUGAUACACCUUCCGACUCCGACAAACCACUAGGCUCCAAGGGCCGAGGCACAUCAAUGCCUCAGCAGACAUUCAUCUUGGUUCGAAAACGGUUCACCAUCUUACGUCGCAACUACUGGCCAUAUGUGUGCGCUGUCUUGAUUCCCAUCGUUGCAGCUGGUCUCGUUACCCUGUUCUUGAAGGACUACCGCCGAACUGGCUGCAGCCCCGGUGAUUCAGCGAAUGACCCCGAUGUUUUCUCAGUUUCGAACCUGGGUAAGGAUGUUGUCCCUCUCAUCCCUAUAGGGCCGUCCAGUCGUGUCAAUGCUAGAGCCCUAGCCGCACGUACCGGCAUCGAUCAAUCGGCAUUCCAGAUGAUGAACAGCCUUGAGGAGUUCAACAACUUCAUUCAAAACCGCUUCCACAAUGUCACCCCAGGAGGCUUCUUUCUACCAGAGAAUGGUCCCCCGGUCAUGGCUUACAAAGGAAAUGCUGGCACCGUUCCAGGUCUGGUCACACUGAAUGCGCUGACAGAUUCCUCUACCGGUCUUCCCAUUUCAACACAAUAUCAGCAAUUUGCUGUGCCUUUUGCUCCAGGGAUGGGCAAAACCCUCCAGUUGAUUCUUUAUUUUGGUCUUGCCAUGUGUAUCUAUCCUGCCUUCUUCGCAUUAUACCCCACCGUUGAGCGUCUGCGCAAGGUUAGAGCGUUGCAUUACAGUAACGGUAUUCGCGCUGCACCCCUGUGGAUGGCCUACUUAAUCUUUGACUUUUCUUUUGUGGUUCUAAUUUCUGCCGUUGUCACUGGUAUCUUUGUCGGGGCGUCCUCUGAAUGGUACAAUCCGGGUUACCUCUUUGUCAUUUUUAUGCUCUAUGGCUUGACAUCCAUCCUUUUCUGCUACAUCAUUUCGAUCGUUGUGGUUUCGCAACUGGCUACUUUUGCUUUCGCGGCCGGCAGUCAAGCAUCGACCUUCUUGAUUUAUUUUAUUGGCUACAUGGCCAUCCUGACAUAUGCACCGGCUUAUCAGAUCGACAGCGACAUCAACAUUUUCCAUUUCGCUUUCGCUACCGUUACACCCACUGGCAACUUGCUGCGGACAAUGCUGCUUUCGUUGAACUCUUUCUCCCUGCUGUGCGAAGGCGAUCAGGUCGCAAGUUAUCCGGGCGGUAUCAAGGUAUACGGUGGUCCGAUUCUGUACCUCAUUCUACAAGCUAUUGUUCUUUUUAUUGUACUGGUCUGGUGGGAUUCUGGGUACAGACCCGCGAUUUUCAACAAGUCCAAGUCACCUUCCAAGCAUGCCGAAGAACAAAUCGAUACCCUCGACCCCGCUGUUGCUGCUGAGAUUGCGCGCGCAGAGCAAAGCAACGACAGCCUCCGUGCGCUUCACCUGCAAAAGCAGUUCGGACAGAACCACGCUGUCAACGACAUCACCUUCGGUAUCCCCCGCGGCCAAGUAUUCUCCCUCCUAGGCCCCAACGGCGCUGGAAAAUCCACCACAAUUUCACUAAUCCGCGGCGACGAACACCCGACAACAAGCAUUAACGGCGGCGGCGACGUUCUCAUCGAAGACAUCUCCAUCGUAACCAAACGCGCCGCCGCGCGCGGCCAUCUAGGCGUGUGCCCGCAAUUCGACGCAAUGGACACCAUGACAGUAACCGAACACCUUUACUUCUACGCACGCGCGCGCGGCGUACCCAACCCCGAAUCUUCCGUCACCUCCAUCCUCAACGCCACAGGCCUUUCCCGUUUCCAAACUCGCCUCGCCUCAAAACUCUCCGGCGGCAACAAACGAAAGCUCAGUCUUGGCAUCGCCCUCAUGGGCGAUCCUUCCGUCCUCCUCCUCGACGAACCAUCCUCCGGCAUGGAUGCAGCCGCCAAACGAGUCAUGUGGCGUACCCUUCUCGGUGUCGCGGCACCCGGUCGCGCACUUCUCAUCACCACCCACUCGAUGGAGGAAGCUGAUAAACUUGCCACUCGCGUUGGCAUUAUGAAGCGCAAGAUGCUUGCUCUCGGCACUGUCGCGCAACUCGGCGAAAAGUACGGCGAUGCUUGGGUUGUUCAACUCGUGCUCAAAUCUGCCCCCGCUACAACACGCGAAGAGAUGGAUCACGUGAAGGAUUGGGUCAUGAACAUGAUUCCCGGCGUGCAAAUGGAUAAAUGGGGAAGUAGGGAUGGUGGGCAUGGACAGCUCCGCUUCAAGGUCCUCAAGUCCGCGAAGGACACUACGUCUUCUCUUCCGCCGUCUGAAAAGAUCGUCGAUGCCGAUAGCCAGGAAGAUAUCGUCACUGACCACCCUCAGCAACUGCAGCAGAGGCAGGGCGAUGCGCCUGUUGGUGAGGUCGAUGGUAUUCCUGGCUUGAUCCAGUUGCUGGAAGCUAGUCGCGAGGAGAUUGGCUUGGAGUAUUAUAGUGUUUCUCCCACCACGCUCGAUGAGGUUUUCUUGCGUGUUGUUGGGGAGGAAGAGGAAGAGACGGGUGGUCAGAAGAAGAGGACUUGGCCGCAAACUGUGAGGUUUUGGGCUACGCUGGGUUGUUUCCCGUGAGGAUGAUGAAUCGGAAAGGAGGCAGGAGGUGGUCGUAAUGCGUUAUUUCCUUUGUAUACUUCUUUCUUUUCUUCUUAUCCUUGAGAUUGGCUUGGUUGAUUGAUUGGUAGAUCCUCUGCAUAUACAUACAUACUUAAGCAAUGAUACCCAAACUUUUGCAUUGAUUGAUUGCAUGGAGAAGCGGGGAUCUUCCUCGCCGUCCUUCCCGCACACUGUUCCCUUUGCGAGUCUCAAUUCACAUCCCCUUGAAUAAUUCAUGUCGGACUCGUGAGUUGUAUAGUGUGCCUGCCCGCCGCCACCUCCUGCUCCUCCUACACUGUGUAUUUGCCUGGGCCCCAUCCCGAUCUAGUAUACACAAAUGAUCAGAUUUCUUCAUCGCAAGGAGUUGACCUCAGCGACGACAGUGAUGUGGGUCUCUAAGGGCGAGAGGUCUUAAGUCCAACGCUUCUUUGCCGACAGAAGCUAUCUAACCGCCCGAGGAUAUCGAUGCUAUGUCUGCACGAUGGGAAGGAAGGCGGGGAGGAUGACGUGGGUUAUUCGGUGGCGGUGCUGGUCUGGCAUGCAGGGAGAUUUGUUCUUCCUCUGUUUUCGAGAUUCAUCGGUUGCUGGUAUCUGAGCGGAGAUCAGCGUAGACUAAGCCAAAUCACGGUUUUGGAAUCUUGGGGCUUCUUUGUUGGUAU